UUCAAAUCGGUCUUGGUAGAGGUUGGAAAAGUAGAGAGAUCGAAAUUCGUUGAAGAAAAGAAAAUGAAUAACAAAAUUCUAUUCGUUCUCAUUAUUUCUUUUUGUGCCGUCUUGGCUGAUGUAAGACCAGGAAUAAGAGUAAGAGUAACGGAGAAAGGCCUCAAUUACAUAAAUAAUUUCGCCUUAGAAAAUUUAAUAGGGAAGAUGAAAUCUGCGAAAAUUCCCGAUACUAAAAAAACACUCUUGGGAAGUACAAUAACAUUAUCAAAUAUAAAAAUUGAGGAAAUGCCUGAAACUUUUCAAUCUACAAUGACAUUGACAGAGAAAGUUGGUUUUAGUUGGAAUGUUAGAAAUCUAACUCCAAAGAUUACUAUAAAAUACAGUUUUAAACUCUUCUGGAGCACAUAUACCGGAACAAUUAACGUUCAGGCUCGUAAAUUGGGAUUUAAAUUAAAGUUUUCCGUUAAAAAGAAGGGAAAUAAACCUCAUAUAAAAGUUUAUUCUUGCUCACCAGUUGGUAACGUUCAACUAAGUUUUGAUAACUCAAUUUUCAAUGCUGCAUCGUCAUAUUUGGAAGAAACAAUUUCGGAAGAGAUCAAAAAUGAAAUCUGCAAUACUGCACUCAAGGAGAUUAAUAACGAAGCACAAACUCAAAUUGACAAACUGAAUAUGGUAUACAACGUCCAGACUGACAAAAAUUCCGGCUUUAAAGCUAACUUAUUGUUUGAUUUUGGAUUAACUGGAAAUCCGGUCUUCAAGCCCCAUUUUGCUAAUAUUCCUCUAAAGGGACAAAUUUACAUAAAUGAUUCUCGUGUUCCUCCAUUUAGAGAACAACCAGUAAAAAUUCCCGAAUUUUCAGCUAGUCAUUCGAAAAUGGCCUAUAUUUUUCUAACAUCCCAUGUAGUUAAUAGCGCACUACAUUCACUUUAUCAUACCGAUAAUUUGAAAUAUGUGAUAAACCAAGACCUUCUACCCGAAAAGUAUAAGAAAUAUAUGGAAACAACCUGCGAAGAAGGAGCAAUGUGUCUUGGAAAAUUUUUUGAAGAGGUCAAGAACAAAUAUCCCAACAAAAUUUUAAAAGCGGUUGUUAAAGCUACUGAAUCACCAAAAUUGAAAAUUACCGAUGGCCAAUUAUUACUUUCUAGUAAAUUUGAAUGUAAUGUAACAGUUAAUUCUGGUAAAAGAGAUGUUGUAUUAAUGACAACAGAAGGAAAAUUAAACAACUUAAUGGUAGUGAAAUUUCAAAAUGAAAGAGUUAAAUUUAAGAUAUACGAUCUAAUGCAAGAUGUAAAAUUAAAAUCAUCAAAUGUGGAAAAAUUGAAGAAAGUAUCCAAGUAUCAAUUUAUGAUUGGAUCUGUAGUUACUGCUUUGGAAAGAGAUAUAAUCCUUCCAUAUAUAAAUAAAAAAGGAGAAGAAGGUAUACCUUUAUCGGAAUUUGGUAGCAAACUGUUUUCUUUAAGUAAUACAAAGAUAAUCAAUUCGGGAGUUGAAGACGUCUUGGCCGUCGGUACAGACAUUUAUUUGAACAGUCUACCAACAUUGAAGUUAACAAAAUCUCUUACUAAACUACAACAACAAGAUGCUGAGCUCACUUUGGAUGAGCUUUAUUAACAAUAUAUACAUAUAUAUAUAUAUAUAUAUACAUAUAUACAGUAUAAAUGUAUAUGUUUACUAAUCACAGCAUAACAUGUUUUAUAUUUAUUCACAAAAUGGUUAGAAAAAUAAAGAAACAUCUAGUUUUCGACUAUAAAGACUUAUUCGUUAUUCGUAUUAUAAAUUUUUCAUUGCUCAAUUUAAAUAUUCUGUCAAUUAACUUUCUCUCUCUCUCUCUUUCUCUUCUCUCUUUUCCCUUAUAAAUUAAUUUCUAGAUAUAUUAGUUACUCAUAAAGAAAUAAAUUACGUAUUCAUUUUCUUAAAGCUAAUAUUACUUAUGAUGAAUCAGCUGGCGCAGACUGGAUAAAACCGGACUGUAGCAGUUUCUUUAUAUUGAAAUUUUUGUUUUACGCCACUAUUAGUCUGCUGUUAGAGUCAUCGUACACUUGAGUCUUUCAUGACUGACAGUUUUUUGUUUUAUUAAGUUACUACGCUGGGGUAGAGACGUAAAUAAUCAUUAUAAUCGUUCUUAAUUAAAAACUAGAGCAAACACCUAUUUUAAUAUAUGUAUAUAUAUAUAUAUA